AUGUCUGCACCAGCUAUCGGUAUCGACUUGGGUACCACCUACUCAUGUGUAGGUGUAUACAAGGACAACAAUGUCGAGAUCAUACCUAAUGACCAGGGUAACAGAACCACACCCUCUUACGUCGCUUUCACCGACACCGAACGUCUCAUUGGUGAUGCCGCCAAGAACCAAGAAGCAAGGAACCCAGAAAACACCGUUUUCGAUGCCAAGAGACUUAUUGGUAGAAGGUUUGACGACAACACGGUACAAGAUGAUAUGAAACACUGGCCAUUUAAGGUGGUCAACGGUAUUGGAGGCAAACCUACCAUCGAAGUAACCUUCCAAGGACAAAAGAAGAGCUUCCACCCAGAAGAAAUUUCGUCAAUGGUACUCAUCAAAAUGAAGGAAAUUGCGGAACUGUACCUAGGAAAAACUGUUAAGGAUGCCGUUAUCACUGUACCAGCAUACUUCAAUGACUCACAGAGACAGGCUACCAAAGAUGCAGGUACCAUUGCAGGACUCAAUGUUAUGCGUAUCAUCAACGAACCAACCGCCGCCGCUAUUGCCUACGGUCUCGACAAAAAGGGAUCGGAAGAAAAGAACGUACUCAUCUUCGAUCUUGGUGGCGGUACCUUCGAUGUAUCAAUUCUUACUAUCGAGGAUGGUAUCUUCGAAGUAAAGGCUACAGCGGGAGACACACACCUAGGAGGUGAAGACUUCGACAACCUACUUGUAGAACACUGCGUAAGGGACUUCAUGAGGAUCAACAAUGGAAAGAAUCUCGCCAGCAACAAACGGGCCCUUCGCCGUCUUAGGACACACUGUGAAAGGGCAAAACGUGUACUCUCCAGCUCAACUCAGGCCACUAUUGAACUUGACUCACUUUACGAGGGUAUCGACUACAACACAACUAUCAGCCGUGCCAGGUUCGAAGAAAUGUGUGGUGAAAAAUUCAGGAGCACACUCAUUCCAGUUGAAAAAGCACUAGAAUCAAGUGGAUUGGACAAGAGGAAAAUACACGAAGUUGUACUUGUAGGAGGUUCAACGCGUAUCCCCAAGAUCCAGUCACUCAUCAAGGAGUUCUUCAACGGAAAGGAACCCAGCAGGUCAAUCAACCCCGAUGAAGCCGUUGCUUACGGUGCCGCCGUACAAGCAGCCAUCCUUUCUGGUGACCAGUCUGGAAAGAUUCAAGAGCUUUUGCUUCUCGAUGUUGCACCACUCUCACUCGGUCUCGAAACUGCAGGUGGUGUCAUGACCGUUCUUAUCAAGAGGAACACUACCAUCCCUACCAAGAAGACACAAAUCUUCACCACCAACGAAAACAACCAGGAAGGUGUGUUCAUCCAAGUGUUCGAAGGUGAACGUGCUAUGACAAAGGACAACAACCUACUAGGAAAGUUCCACCUUACAGGUAUUGCACCUGCUCCUAGAGGUGUACCUCAAAUCGAAGUCACCUUCGAUAUCGACGCUAACGGUAUCCUUAACGUCACAGCAAUGGACAAGUCUACCGGAAGGUCGGAACAUGUCACCAUCACCAACGACAAGGGGCGCCUCAGCACUGCUGAUAUCGAACGUAUGGUUGCCGAAGCAGAAAAGUUCAAGGAGGAAGAUGAACAGAGACGUGCAUGCGUUGAGGCCAAACACCAACUUGAAAACUACUGCUACAGCAUGAGAAACACACUCAACGAAGAUGCAGUCAAGGCGAAACUAGACUCUGGGGAAAUCUCUGCCGCACUGACCGCUAUCGAUGAGGCCAUCAAGUGGCUAGAAACCAACCAAACGGCAACCAAGGAUGAAUUUGAAUACAAACUCAAGGAAGUCGAAAGAGUAUGCCAGCCACUUACCACCAAAAUGUACCAAUCCGCCGGAUCAGCAGGAAUGCCAACCGGAGGACCAGGUGGUUUCGGAGGACCAACACCAGGGGCCGGAGCCUCAAGCGGACCUACCGUGGAGGAGGUCGACUAA